AAUAAUAAUGGUGUCAGUUCUCAGCAUUCACAAAACAAAAGGAUAUGAUGAACUCUGCUACAGUUUCAAGUAAGAACCCCCCUUCAAUCAGUCAGCAGAUAUGUAUUCCAAUUGGUUCACAUGAUCAGCCACCACCUUCAGGACCACUUAAUCUACCUCAUCCUGAUCUACUUGUUGGUAGAGAAGACUACAAUGAGAUUUUAGUUCCUACCUAUGAAGCAACAAUAACAGGUAAUUGGAAAGCUGCGAAAAUCAUUUUCGACAGGCGGCCAGAGCUUGUACGGUUUAGCAUCACAGAAAGUUGUGAAACAGUACUUCAUAUUGCGGUGCUGGGAAAAUCAUUCUGGUUUGUGGAGUAUCUGGUGAGUUUGAUGGAAAAAGAGGAUUUAGAGCUUCAAAAUGCGAAUGGUCAAACUGCCCUGUGUUUAGCAGCUAUGGGUGGACAUGUUAAAAUAGCUAAGAUUUUGUUGAAAAAGAACCUUGCCUUGUUGGAUAUCACUGAUAGUCAAGGAAUGUUGCCACUCUACAUGGCAGCUUUAUACGGCAAACAUGAUAUGGUUAAGUAUCUGUAUCAUAUUUCGAACAAAAUGACUGGUGAUUUCUGGACACAUGAGAAUCGUGGUUAUGUUCUUGUAAAGUGUGUUGAGUCCAAUCUGUUUGAUGUUGCAUUACAAAUUGUGACCGACUGUCCGGAACUUGCUAUAAAUGGGAGUGUACUUGAACUAUUGGCUCGGAAACCUUAUGCAUUUGAUGCUGUAAGACGUAAUCUUAUCUGGAAAAUUAUACGUUCAUCGGUGUGUCAUAUGAAAGUUGGAAUUCCUAACAAGGAAAGUCACGCCCUGCAACUACUAAGAAUCAUUUGGGCAGAUAUUGUAAAGUUGCCGAAGGCUCAAAUAGAUGACAUAAUAAGAGGGCCACCUGAUCAAACUAAGGGAUAUGAAAAGCGAACUCGUUCUGAAAAGGAACAAAAAGAAACACUACUACUGCUUAGAACCAUUUCAGAUAAUGUUGCAAAAAUGCCUGUGAGAAUUUUUAACCUAUUCAAAGGCCCCCCUGAUGAAAAAGGUGCGACUAGUGAUGAUGCAAAACCAAAAUACUCAUCACGGGUACUAUUUCUUGCUGCUGAAAUGGGGAAUACUGCAUUUGUAGUUGAGGUUAUCCGGCAAUAUCCACGCCUAGUACGUGAGGUAAAUGAUAAUAAUCAUAGUAUAUUUCAUGUUGCUGUCUCACAUCGUCACGAGGGUAUAUACAACCUGUUAUAUGACAUAGGACCACUCAGGAAUUUGAUUAUCACUCUUGAAGACAAGAACGGCAACAAUUUAUUGCAUUUAGCUGGGGAGAGUGCAAAGAUAAAUCGACUGCAGAACAUUCCAGGAGUGGGUCUGCAACUACAUCUUGAAACAUUAUGGUUCAAGGAAGUAGAAGCAAUGCUACCUCCUCCAUUUAGGGAAAAGAAGAAUGCAGCCGGUCUGACACCUCAUGAAGUAUUCACGAAAAACCACAAAGACUUAUUUUCUCAAGGAGAAGAGUGGAUAAAAGAAACAGCAGGUCAAUUAAUGGUGGUUGCAUCAUUGAUAGCCACCAUCUCAUUUGCCGCAGCAUUUACGUUUCCUGGUGGAUACGACCAAGUUACCGGUAUGCCUAUCUUCCUCCGAAAAGACCUUUCCAAAAUUUUCAUUAUAUUUGAUGGCUUGUCAUUUAUAACCGCUACAACGUCAAUCCUCAUGGUAUUGUGUAUGCUCGGCUCCGAUUACACUGAACACGAUUUCAUGAUCUCCUUACCCCAACAAUUGAUGGUAUGUCUAGCAUCACUUUUCAUUUCUAUAGCGACCAUGAUCCUAGCUUUCAUCAUCAACUUUUUACUACUUUAUCAAAACAGUUCUAAAUGGAUACCAAUUUUUAUCAGUUGUUUUGCGGCUGUCAGCUACAUUAUCUUUGGUAGCCCUAAAUUUCCUCUUGUAGGUCGCUUUCUGUAUGGGUCUAGAUUUCUUUUUCAAAGAGAGAGGAGAAUGCUUAAGAAACCAAUCUUCUAGUAGUUGUCCUUUCAUUUGAAUUCAUGUACAUUUGUAAUGUGAAAGAAUUAUUUUGUUAGCGUAUUGGCUAUUAACUCAGAAUGUUCCAACUCA